AUGGCCUCUGGCGUUGCAAACCUCAUAGCUGCUUCUGGUGGCGGCCUCGAGGGACUUCGAAACCUAAUGUCGGCCUUGGAUAAUGGAGGAAAAUGUUUAGACCAAGUUAGGGCGGCAGAAGUAUUUAGCAGCUUAUUAGGGGCUAUGGGUGGACGUGAAGAGGGGCUACGCAACCUGAUUCAAGCCAGCGGCAACGGGGCAGAAGGAAUAAGAGUGCUGUUAGAGGCGGUGGGUGGAGCUGGAAGUGAUCAAAGCAAACUGGUGAACUUACUUGCGGUACUUGACAAAGGAGAAGGCGUGGGUAAUAAUAUUUGGUUAUUUGUAAUUUUUUGGAUAUUUUUUGUACUUAAACGUACAUUUUAUAAACAAAUUUAA